AUGGCGUCCGCGGACGUCGAGCGCGGACGACCGGAUGCGAGCACGUCGGAAGAUGCCGACGACGGGACCUUUGUCGUCGUCGCCAAGGCGGUGGGGCGAACGGUGCGAGGGAAUCUGUGGCGAAGCGCGAAGACGUCGUGCGCGUUCACGAGAAUGACGUGUGGGGUGCUGAUCGGGGGAUGCGUCGCGAGAACGGUCGUGUUCGGAAAGGCGUUGGAUGAGUUCGCGGCGCUCACGCCGUUCAAGGCGAUGUCGCGCCCGUGGACGCUCGCGACGAGCGGGUACUACGAGCUCACGAUCGCGGGGUGCGUCGUGGAUUGCUGCGGAUUGCUGUACAUUGGGAAUAUUCUGGAGCCGGUGUGGGGCGCGCGAGAGCUCGCGCGAUUCGUCGUCGUCGUGAACGUCGCCACGGCGACUCUGAGUUGGCUCUCGAUGUGCGCGCUGUACGUCUUCAGCGGCUUUGACGAGUUUUAUCUCUUCGCGCGCUUCUCCGGUUUUCACGGUGUCCUGGCCGCGAUGCUCCUCGCGCUUCGUCAAACGUCGCCAGAGGAACCGGUAUUCGACGAUGAGAACUUUGGCGGGGACGACUGCGCGUCUCUGCGGUCGCUUCGCAACAAACAACUCAUCGGUUACUACCUAUGCGGAACGGCGAUGUACGCCUUCAUGAGUGGUGGGCGACACCAUCACAUCGGGCUGUAUCUCUUCGAUAUCUGGGGUGCGUACUCGGCUUGGGUGUACUUGAGAUUCUUCCAGCCUCACGGAACGGGUCAGCGCGGAGAUAGCAGCGCAGACUUCGCCUUUGCCGCUCUGUUUCCACCCGCGGCGAGACCCGUCAUCGCUCGCGUCUCCGCUCCCGUGGGAGCCGCCGCGCGCGCGUUACAAGAACGACGACGACGAGCCAUGGAAGCGCGCGCCACCGCCGCGGCAUCGAACGAACAGCACGUCGCACAAACGUCAGCGAGCGCCGCAGCCCUAGCUGCCGUUCGCGCCAAGGUUCAGAAAUCCGAAAACUCCCAACGGGAGGAGGAUGACGACGCCAAGGCGAAGCGCGAGCGCUUGGAAGCGCGCGGCCGAGCCAUCGUGGCCGAGCGCACCGCGAACGCGUCCUCCGCGAACGAAGAAAAUCGCGAAUAA